UCUCGCACCUGCAGACUGGUCGCUCGGUUUCCUAGUUUGCGGCAGCCUGGAUUCCGUCCCCGGAUCUCCAAGCUCUUAGACCCUCGUGCAGCUUCACCCUCUGCUCGCUACAUCAUUAAGACGCAUUCGAAGCACGACAAGAAACAUUUAAAGACGCCCUGCAGAGGCGGCUGUGCGUGGAGAUGUCGACAUUUACUGCCCUGAAUGGGGGCUCGCCAAAGUCCGCCGAAGGAGUCAACGGGGCGGCGGAUGGGGAUCGAGCAAACAGGCAGUCACCAAGCGUCGAAUCAAGGUCUGCUGGAGGGUACUACGGCCAGAGAGAUCGGGAACGAGAUAGCCGUGACGCGCAGGAGCGUCGGGGCAGCACCAACCACGAUAGGCUUCCGUUUCCUGGUGCUGCCACUCUUCCGGAUACCGAGGGCUCCCACAAGCGCAAAAGGUCUUUGUCGGAUUCACCAAGGAGGGAGCGCCCACCAUCUCCGCCUGUGAGAGCUGGAGCAACUGAGCGGGUGGAGCGGGGGGAACGAUCUGAGCAGUAUGCACCUCAGAGCCACCAGUCGGAAUCACGUGAAGAGCGGACAACACCGCAGAGGGAGGAGUAUCGAGGCUCACAAAGGGAGGAAGCGCGGGAGAGUGAGAGGCACUGGCGCGCUGACCGGGCGCGUGAGGACCGCACCUCGAGCUAUGAGACUCCUUACUCGGCCGGUCCGGUUUCAGCUCAGUCGGAGGAACCAGCCAGCGAUCUGGCACGGAGGGCGACCAGUCACGGCGACGAGGAACACAGCCCGGAUGGCGAAGAUCGCAACCUGUUUUCCGGCCAGUACACAUCCGAGCAGCGCAGGGACGGCAUCGUUCAAUCGGACCCCAAGAAAAGGAAGCGCAACUUCAGCAACCGGACCAAGACGGGCUGCCUGACAUGCAGAAAACGAAAGAAGAAGUGCGAUGAGAAGAAGCCCGAAUGCAACAAUUGCUACAAGGGUGGUUUUGUUUGCGCUGGGUAUCCCCCACAGAGGGGAGCUUGGACCAAUAAGCCUGAGAGCAAGCCCGCGCAGGUCAACAUCGAGUCGAAGGAUCCGAACUAUGUGCCUCCGGGAGCGUACGGAAUGCCCCAGCAACCACCCCCGUACAGCGGCAGCCAACAGCCUCCGCUGGGUCAGCAACCGAAACGUGACUCCCUGCCAUAUAACCGCGGCCAGCCCACGCUCCGCAUCACGCCGCCUCAAGGCCGCCCUUUGCAGACAGACGACGACAGGCUGACAGCAUCGACCAUGCCGAGCUCUAUCAUCAGCCCCGACAACAAGCUCUCGGCACUGUCAGGGUAUACGACGUCGGCAUCGGCGAACGUGUUCCCUACCCCGGUGAGCGCCGCCGCGGGCUCUGCCUUUUCAGAUCGAACGCCGAAGGAGUACCAGCGCGUGCCGCCGCUUCACGACCUUACGCGGACGGAGCCGGAUCAGCAACAUCCUCCCCCUCCCCCUCCCCCUCCUCAGAGCACAACUUUGACGCACCCGCCCUUCAGUAGUAUGCUGCAUGGGGGUAGGACGUCGACUCCGCCAGCCCCGCCAUCUACCCUGUCCUCCUCCCAGCCUCCUUCCGGAGGUGUUCAGGCGACGGCACAAGCCGCGCUUUCACACACGCAGUUCCCCUCGGACAGGCCGCGCCGGCAGAAGGAGGAGAUGCUGAACGGCAGACCGUACUAUCCCUUUGACAAGGAGCUGGUGCUCGAGCGGGAGCGGUGCAACGCGGCGUGCUGGCGGUUCAAUAACUCGACCAACCCGAACCUCGGUGUUUCUCCCGCUGAGCGGGCACGGCUGUUCCGUGACAUAUUACACCCGCGUGAGGGCAUCCAGUUAUCGCCCACCAUGGUGUCGCCCGUCACGCACGCCGGGCGCGUGGGCGAGAACGCGACGGUUGAGGCGCCCUUUAACUGCGACUACGGCUAUAAUAUUCACAUCGGCAACAACGUCUCGAUCGGCCGCAACUGCCUCAUCAACGACGUCUGCGAAGUCAGCAUUGGGAACAACGUCAUCAUCAGCCCCAAUGUCUGUAUUUACACGGGUACCUGCAGCACCAACCCUCGCUAUCGCAAAGGCAAUCAGGGUACGCAGUACGGCAAGCCCGUUAUCAUUGAGGAUGACGUGUGGAUUGCUGCCAACGUGGUCAUCCUUCCCGGUGUCAGGAUCGGAAAGGGCUCGACUGUUGGCGCGGGGUCGGUCGUGACGAGGGUAUGUCAUUCUGCUUGCCUUCCCCCCACUUGUCCUGCCACUCCCAGAAGGCUGGAUUCGGGUUUACUGACAAUGCUUGCCUGAUAUAUAGGACGUUGCCACCUGGAG